AUGGACGGGACGGGCGAGGAGCAGCAGUUGGCCGGAGGGCUAGGAAUAGGUUGUGAGUGCCAGGAUGAGAAGGAGAACACGCUGCUGAAUACAGAGCACUUUGUGGUGGAUGCUGAUGCUGUUGGUGGCCAUGGUGCGGGGAGCAGUGUGCUACCUUCAUUCCCAGGCACAGCCACACAAGAAAAAGUUGAAGAUAACUUGGGAAUAGAAGAUAGGAACAGCUCUGUAAAGAAGGUGGAAGAAGAUUUGGGAUACAACACCCUGCAGGCAGCUGGGUCAUCUUCCCAAGGCUCCAUGGUCCUCGAUGGCCAGCACGAAUUUGCCUCAGCACGUGGGCAACCAUCGGAUUUCUGCGGUGACACAAAGGUUGGAUUAGCACAGGAGCCCACAGGUCAGUCAGGGUCACAAGAGCACUCGGAGAGUGACUGCCCUGCUGGGACUGAAAAGGAGGCAAAGAAGGAACAAACUAAGAAAGCAUCCAUUGGAGUGGCUGGAGCUCCCUGCAGGCAGGAGGAGAUGGGCCCAGCCCCUCAGCGAUCCAGAGGUGCUCCAGCCAGCAAUGCAGCUCAGAAUUCCUACAAGGGCUCUUCAGUCCUGGAGUCCAGAGGCAGCUGUGAUGUGGCCAAGGGAAAAACAUCCUUACCUGUCAAGAAGAAGCAGCGCACCUUCUACAGUGCAGAGCAGCUAGAAGAGCUGGAGAAGAUGUUCCAGGAAGACCACUACCCUGACAGUGAGAAGAGGAGGGAGAUUGCAGCUGUGGUUGGUGUGACACCACAGCGUAUCCUGGUCUGGUUUCAGAAUCGCAGGGCAAAGUGGCGGAAAUUGCAGAAGUUGAGUAUAAAGGGCAACGAAAAAUACCCAGCAUCAGCUCUGUCAUUCCCUUAUGGAACAGAGGGCUAUGGGGCACCUCCUCUGCCUGUGCCUCCAUUGCCUGAUGCUGCUGGAGACCAGCCUGCCCUGCUGGAAGGAGACCCUGGAGCUGGGAACUCCUCCAGCCUGCUCAGCACACACCCUGGAUCCCCCACCUCUGCCUCAGCCUCCUCGGUGGCAGGAAUGGUGGCACCCUGUGAAGCACAAGCUCAGAGCAAGGCGCUGCCGCAGCUGCACUUCAAUUCCAGCGGCGUGGAGUGCCUCCCUAGUUUCUCCAGCCCUCCUCCCAUCCGCAGGGCCAGCCUGCCGCUCAGCCUGGCCUUCAACCCGCACGGCCACAAUGUUCCCCUGAUGCUGGACCCGCCCAGCAGCCAAUGCAGCUUGGCCAGUCAGGAAAAUGGCUCCAGGGAAGCCUUCUCUUACGGCGUCCAGAACCAAGGCUUCAGUUCACCCGUUUCCUGUCCUUACCCCGAGCAGCUGGAGCCUACAGACAACCUGGAGGCCACCUACUGUCAGUACAGCAUCCAGGGGGGAAUCUGUCAGCUUUCCCAGUUCUGUCACCAAGGUCACCUGGCCAGCAAUAUGUUCUCCAGUGACCACCUUCCUCCUCCAACACCCCUGGAGUCCCAUCCACCUUUCCCAGACUUACCUGACAACAGUGGAGCCAUAUCCUAUGGAGCCACACAAGACUAUGUACAAAACCACACGGGGGGACCACUAAUGGCGCAGCAGCCAAAUGGCAAUUCAGCAGACAUCCCUGCCUAUCCAGCUGUCCCCUGGAAUGAUUUCUAUGUGCAGGGAGCUCCUUUCUCCAAUCAGUUGCAUUCCGAAAUGCCUUAUUCUAGCAUGGCAGGAGGACAGUACUUCACAGAGCCAUAUCUCCUUCAAGUGUCCAAUGGAACAGAACUGGAAUCCAUGCCACAGACGGGAAAACAAAAGGGAGUGACACUACCAGAGAUAAGUUCCUACCAGAGCUACCAAACAGAGCCAGAGUUGGCAGCACCCACUGAAAAAAAGGAUGUAGAGAACAGCAGCAAGAAAGGAGAAACUGUUGUUGAAACUAAAGAAGAAACCAAUGACUGA